AUGUCAAGCAGCGAACAGAAACCAUUACCGGUGCCCAGUCUGGAGAAGGCCCCAGAGAAGUACGACGACGAGGCGGAAGAACCGACGGGACCGGCCAACAUCGCCGAAACGCUCGAAAAGCUCCGUGAGGGUCCAUUGGUGCGAGAGCAGAAUCUGAAACAGAUGCGGGAUUGGAUCGCAAAGCAUCCACACAUUCGACGAUGCCGUACGGACGCCCGGUUCCUGUUGCGAUUCCUGCGUGCCAAGAAGUACUCCUUCCUAGUGGCCUCACAGACACUCGAGCGUUAUCUUGCCGCCCGCAUCAUCCAUCCUGGCUGGUUCCAACGGCUCGACAUACGUGAUCCCGAGCUGAGCCACCUGGCGGACAUUGGGUUCGUGUAUCCACUGCUGGAACACACCGCGGACGGCUGUACGGUGACGAUCACGGAUUUUGGACUACUGGAUCCAAAGCGCUAUACGAUCGAACAUAGCAACCGGAUGCACAUCCUGCUGGUGGAGGCGUACGGUGAGGAUCCGCUCGUCCAGUGUGCCGGUGGGAUCAUGAUCUUUGACAUGCAGCACGUGACGCUCGCCCAUCAGAGUAUCAUUUCGCUCAGUGCGCUCAAACAGGUGGCCAAGUUCAUCAACAACGGGCUACCGUUGCGGUGUCAGGGUGUGUACGCCGUCAACGUACCAGCCGGUGCGAUGUGGAUUGUGAACGGACUCGUUAGCCUACUGCACGAGAAAAUUCGAAAACGUGUCGCGGUAUUUCGCGAUUUCGACGAAUUCACCAAAGAGCGCUUCGAUCGGCAGUUGCUGCCGAAAGAGUACGGUGGCAAGGUACCGAAAAGUGAGCACAUGAAGGCAUUCCGGGAGCGAGCCGAGCUUUACCGGGACCGACUGUUGACACUGGAUGAGAUGGACAUCGAUCUGGAUCACAACGAGGCCUACUCGAGGCAGGCUUUGCUCGAUGACAUCGAAGGUGGUGCCGUUGGCAGCUUCCGGAAACUAGAGCUGGAUUAG